UAACCUGUAAGCGUGGCACGCACCAACAAAAGAUACUUCAUAUAUACGCUACCGAACACAAAGGAACUUCCCUUUCAGUUUUAUACCGACUCUUUUCUCUCACACUUUCAUCUCAACCCACACAAGAGUUAAAUAAGCAGAUAUGAAUCCAGGAGGUUAUACAGCAGAAGUUAUAGGUCUUUCCCCUGCUGCUACUGAGAAGGAUGUUCAGGAGUUUUUUGGUUUCUGUGGGGCAAUUGAACAUGUUGAGAUUGUCAGAGCUGGAGAACAUGCAAGUACAGCCUAUGUGACGUUUAGAAAUCCUCAUGCAUUGGAAACGGCUUGCUUACUGAGUGGAGCUACCAUUUUGGAUCAACGUGUAUGCAUAACCAGCUGGGGUCACUAUCAAGAUGAAUUUGAUUAUUGGAAUCAUUCAUCAUGGAAACCUCAAGAAGAAAGUCAUUCAAGUCAGGACUCCCAAGGACACUAUUUUGUUUCUUCGGCUGGGGAGGCUGCAACAUUGACUCAAGAUGUGGUUAAAAUCAUGCUAUCUCAAGGGUAUGUUCUUGGAAAAGGUGCAUUGGGAAAAGCCAAAGCUUUUGACGAAUCUCAUGGGCUGUCAGCAACUGCAGUCUCCAAGGUUGCUGAUUUAAGUGAGAGAUUUGGCCUCACCGAUAAGUUCUGUGCUGGUGUUGAAGUGGCCAGGUCCGUGGAUCAGAGGUAUCACAUAACGGAUACCACCAGAUCAGCUGUGUCAGCUACAGGUAGGACUGCCAUCUCUGCUGCAACUGCUGUUGUCAACAGUGACUACUUUUCCAAGGGAGCUCUUUGGAUGUCUGGUGCACUAAGUAAAGCGGCUCAAGCUGCAGCUGAUUUGGGUAGCCGAGGCAUUAACAAAUAAGUAGGUUCGAGCAAUUGCCAUGCAGCCUGGCGUCCUUUAUAUAUGAGAAUGGUACUAGUUGAUGUAGUUUCCUAGUGUAUAUACGUUUACAACUUUUUAUUGGCAUGGUACUAGUCCUAUGGGUUGUGUUGUCUAAAGUCGUUAAUUAAAUGGAUUGGCGAAAUGGUGUUUGAUUCAUCUGGAAUCGGACUAGUGUUUCCUUUACACUGUUUGGAUAUCAGGUCGAUGUUGUAAACAACAGAUAGUACGAGAUUACGCGUUGAGUAGAAAUUUCCUUUUCAGUCAA